UUUCUCGUUUUUCAAGUUUAGUUUUGGUCUUGACUCUUUAUACUUUGCGUCAUUUUUUGUGUUCCAUUCUCUCUCUCUCUCAGUGUAGUUGAAAAUGAAAAUAUACACAGUGUUUAGACUUUUUAACUAAAAGGUGAUGUGAUGUUAAAAGUGUCCAUUGUAUCCAUUUGGUGAUUUUCUCUUUUCGGUGAUCUAAAUUUUUGUGUUUUCUUUUCUUUUUGUUUUCAAAUGGACACCAUGAUAAUAACUAACUUGAAACUAGAAGAGAGUGAAUAGAUUUUUAUAAUAUUAUGUACCAUGCAAUCCAUUAACUAUUUACUAUUGUUGUUAUUACUCUUUUGGACCAACAAUCUUGGAUUAAUUGUUGUUAAAGUUGUUGAUUGUUAUUCAUCAUCUUCAUCAUCUAUUUUACCAUCAUCUUUAUCUCCAUCUUCCGAGCUGAUUCAAGAUGGUAAUCGACCAUUGGAAAGUAUUGAUCUUUCUUUCAAUGGGAUGUCUUCUGUUCCUGAUGAGCUUUUCUGCCAACUUUCCAACUUAGCUGUCAUCAAUCUUUCCAAUAAUUUGUUCACCGAUGUAGUAUCCAUUGGAUUUUCAUCUUCUGUUAAAGGUAGUGGUCAAAACUCUAGUUGGUCCCAUUGUUCAGUUAAUUCUACAAGCCAAUUGGAUUUAUCUUACAAUCGUCUCAAAGUUUUAACUGAUCGAGGCUUUUCUACCUUGACACAUCUUAAGGUUCUUCGGCUUAAUAAUAAUCGUAUCUCACGAGCAGAAGAAUCUUCUCUUAAUGGACUCAGUGAAUUAGCCUUACUUGAUCUGUCCAAUAACGAGCUUGUUGCCCUUCCACCAGGAUUUUUUACCCCAAUUAAAAGUUCACUUCGUGAAUUAUACCUUCAAAAUAACAGUAUUUCUGUAUUACCACCACUUCAAUUCAAUGGACUCCAAUGGAUUCAUAUACUUAAUAUGAGCCACAAUGAGAUAGCCAACAAUUGGAUUAAUGUUGACACUUUUGCUGAUCUUACCUCUUUAGUGACUCUUGAUUUAAGUUACAAUCAAUUAAAUAAGAUUGAUUCAACAACCUUUAGAGCUCAAACCCGCCUUGAAGCUUUAUAUCUCCAUCACAAUAAGAUUGAAAGUAUUGCUGAUAAUGCAUUCUCAUCUUUAAAUAAUCUUCAACAACUAGUCCUUAGUUAUAAUCAUCUAAACAAAUUGGACUCAGCAGAAUGUUUUACUGGUCUCAAAAAGCUACCAAGUUUACAUCUUGACCAUAAUCGAAUUGAACAAAUUCAUAAUGAAAUAUUUCGUAAUCUAACAAGCUUAAUGGAUCUUAAUUUAUCUCACAAUUGGUUAAAGAAAACUGUUCCAGGAGCCAUGUUAUGGACACACUCAUUACGAAAUUUAGAUUUAUCUUAUAAUUCAAUAAGUGAAAUUGGUAACGCAUCAUAUCAAGGUAAUGCUCAACUGUACAGUCUUGAUUUGGAAGGUAAUCAAAUUGGUAACCUUUCACGUGGUGUUUUUGCCGAUCUACCUUUUCUACGGAUCAUCAAUUUGGCCGCUAAUCGAAUUGAAGCGAUAGAAGAGUCUACAUUCAUCGAUGUUCCAGAUCUUCAUGUACUUCGUCUUGAUUCAAAUAGUUUAUCCAAUAUAAAUGAACUUUUCAAUGGUUUAAGAGAUUUACUGAUGCUCAACAUAUCAGCAAACAAGAUUGCCUGGUUUGAUUAUGCUCACGUUCCUUAUGGUUUACAGUGGUUAGAUAUACACGAUAAUCUAAUUGACAGUUUAGAAAAUCUCUAUGAACUUCAAUCGUCACUUCGUUUAAAAACUCUUGAUGCAUCUUUUAAUAAGAUAACUCACCUUUCCAAAGCAUCUUUACCCAAUGGUAUUGAAGUGAUCUUACUUAAUAAUAAUUUAAUCAACCGUAUCGACCCAUCAACCUUUUUGGGUAAACAAAAUUUAACUCGAGUUGAUCUAACCAGUAAUCGACUUAACACUUUACAUCAAAAUGCUCUACGUUUAAGUAAAGUCGCUUUACGUCGACCAUUACCUGAAUUUAAUAUAUCGAAAAAUCCAUUCAGGUGUGAUUGUAACAUUGAAUGGUUACAAAAGAUGAUCACCACAGAUGAAUCUCGACAAUAUCCUAAAAUUGUUGAUGUUAAUCAUAUAAUGUGUGACUUUGCUUUCAAGAAGAAAGUAUCUCCCAUGCCAUUAGUUCAAGCUGAUUCAUCAAAUUUCUUGUGUACUUAUAAGAGCCAUUGUUUUGCUUUAUGCCAUUGUUGUGAUUUUGAUGCUUGUGACUGUGAAAUGAUGUGUCCAGAAAAUUGUGUUUGUUACUACGAUCAAGCUUGGAAUACCAAUAGUGUUGAUUGUAGUGCCAAUGGUCAUACAGUGGUACCACCAAGGAUACCAAUGGAUGCAACUGAGCUUCACCUAGACGGUAAUGACAUUCCAUCUCUCUCUAGCCACACCUUUAUUGGCCGUAAAUAUAUGAAAAUCCUCCACCUAAACAAUAGUAACAUCUACACCAUCAACAACCGCACCUUCAAUGGCCUCAUAGCCCUUGAGGUUUUGAACUUAUCUCACAAUCGGCUAAUUACCCUCCAUGGAUAUGAAUUUGAACGCCUUGUUAAUUUAACAGAAUUAUACCUUGAUCAUAAUCGAAUCUCAACUAUUGCCAACAAUACCUUUGCUGCCUUGACUUUAUUACAAAUUCUCCACAUUGAUCACAAUUACAUCGUUGAUUUUGAAAUCUGGAAUUUCAAUCUUAAUUCACACCUGAUGACCAUUAAAAUGGCCGCAAAUCCAUGGUCAUGUGAGUGUCACUAUAUUGAGCCCGCUCUUGAUUGGGUUCAUUCAAAGGUUCAUCUUAUUUCCGAUGCCAGGUACAUGGAAUGUUAUUAUAAUGAAACUUCAGGUAUUCCAUUACUGCCCAAAUUUAACAUCUCAUCGUGCACCAAUCUUUCAGCACGUAAGAUGUUAGCUCAAAGGUUCCAAGUUGAAAACUUUGUCCCGAUAUUUGUUAUCAGUGGAGCACUUUUGGUUAUAAUUGUUGUCAUUUUCAUUGUGAUUCUCAUAAUUAACUUCUUCUUCAAGGGUGAAAGCUCUAGGGCUCAUCAUGCAAGUCCUGAAACAAUACACAAACAUCUUAAUCCACUUGCACAUACUCAUUCACUCAUCCACACCACAAGAGGAAGUGUUUUCAACGAUGAUCUUCGAAAUGUGAGAAACGAAUGGAGAAAAUGUUGAGAUUUUUCUAAGUCAAGUUCAUACAAUUAUAUAAUAUAAAUAAGAGUGUAAAUAAUCGUGUAAAUAACCAGAACAAAAAUGAUCACAUCAAUACAGCAAAAGAAUCAGAAGGAGCUCGAAAUUUGGUCAUGAAAUAACUUUUGUGCAGAUAAACGAUAAGCCGAAUGAUGUAUUUUCUGUUAACAUGAGUUGUAAACAAAGAAAACUCUAAAUCUACAUACCGAUUGGAUGGCUAUUUUUUCAUCAACAAGACGUACAAAGAGUGUUUUUUAUAUCCAUUGAAAUUUAUCUUCAAAAGAUCAAAAUAGUUUAUAUUAAUUUCCAGUUCAUACAAUCUCAUGUUAAUGGAGAAAAUAUCAUCUACUGUUGUUUCAAGCUCAUCAGUCCACAGUCUUCAUGUAGACUCAAGUUUCAAGUUCAGAGGAUUUUCAAUCACUUGUGCUGUGCAUCUCUCACCUCCUUUAAUUUAUCUCUCAAUCACCAAGAUUA